CGGGGGACGGGGAGCGGCGGCGCGGCCAUGGCGGCGGGGCCGCGGCGGGGCCCGCGGGGCUCGGCCGUGCUGGAGCUGCCCCGGGCCCCGCGCCUCGUCUGUGUGGAGUACCCGGGGCUGGUGCGGGACGUCGGGGCCAUGCUGAGCACGCUGGGAGGAGAGCAGGGCGUGUCGCGGAUCUACGCCGACCCUGCCAAGAGGCUGGAGCUGUAUUUUCGCCCCAAGGACCCCUAUUGCCACCCCGUGUGUGCCAACCGCUUCCCCACCUCCACCAUGCUGCUCAGGGUCAGGAGGAGGAGCAGGAGGAAGAAGCAGCUGGACCCCGAGGAACAAAUCCAACCAGAAGUCCAAUUUGAGAUGGAGAUCCUUGGGAUUGUCACCACUGUUUACAAAUUUCAAGGAAUGUCUGAUUUCCAGUACCUGGCAAUGCACUCUGGUCCUGAUGGCAAACAAACCUCCAUGUAUGACAAAGUCCUGAUGCUCAAACCAGAGAAGGAAGAGUUCUUUAACAGAGAAUUACCUCUUUACAUCCCACCACCAAUUUUCUCACGUCUGGACACUCCCAUUGACUAUUUUUAUCGUCCAGAUAUUCAGCACAGGGAGGGAUACAACAACCCCCAGGUGUCUGGUGAGAACCUGAUUGGCCUCAGCAGGGCCCGUCGCCCACACAAUGCCAUCUUUGUGAACUUUGAUGAUGAGGAAAUCCCAGCUAAACCACUGGAUGCUGCUGUACAGACCUGGAAGAAAGUGUGCACCAAUCCUGUGGAUACAAAGGUGGAGGAGGAGCUGAGAAAGCUCUUUGAAGUCCGUCCUGUCUGGUCUCGGAAUGCAGUCAAAGCCAACAUCAGUGUCCACCCAGACAAGCUGAAGCUGCUGCUGCCAUAUCUGGCCUAUUACAUGUUGACAGGUCCCUGGAGAAGCUUGUGGGUUAGGUUUGGGUAUGACCCCAGAAAACACCCUGAAGCAAAGAUUUAUCAAGUACUGGACUUCCGAAUUCGCUGUGGAAUGAAAUAUGGUUAUGCCCCUAAUGACAUGCCCGUGAAAGCAAAACGCAGCACCUACAACUACAGCCUGCCCAUCACUGUCAAGAAACAAGUCAGUCACACAGUCAGUGUCCACGACCUCAAACAGGGACUGGGUACAGCUGGUGCCUCUGGGGCAAAAAAGCCCCCCUCCAGCAGGUAUAAACUGAAGGAAUCCAUCUACGUUUUCCGAGAAGGAGCUUUACCCCCAUAUCGACAGAUGUUCUACCAGCUCUGUGACUUGAAUGUGGAGAGCCUGCAGAAGAUCAUCCACCGGAAUGACGGCACAGAGUCGGAAUGCACGGAGCGGGAUGGGUGGUGCCUUCCCAAGACCAGUGAUGACCUGAGGGACAGCAUGUCCCUGAUGAUAAAGCAGAUCAUCAGAUCCACAAGGCCUGCUCUUUUCUCAAAUACAACAAGCAGUGAAGACUGCAAAGAGCAGCUGGCAUACGAGUCUGGAGAGGAUGAGGAGGAUGAAGAGGAGGAGGAAGAAGACUUCAAGCCUUCUGAUGGGAGUGAAAAUGAAAUGGAGACAGAAAUACUGGACUAUGUGUGAACUGGGCUGGCAGCGCUGGGGGCACGGCCCGAAGCUUCCCCCGACGGCAGAAGAGACACUGGCAUUUGAUCUUUGGUGCAAGUUUGAACACGGGCCAUUCCAAGUCCAGCUGGAGGAAGCGCCGGAUCGGGAGAGGAGCGAGACCACGCAGGCUUCCAGCUGUGGAGAGCACAGGGCGUCCACUCCCUCACGGCACAGACACAGCCCUCCUCCACAGGGCUCUGAGCACAGGGCUGCAUCUUCCCAGCCUGGGGCAUCCGUGGCUUCUCCCAAGGGAAGGACGGGCGGAGAUGUGCGGUGGUGGCGACGCCGGCUAUCCCAGGGAGGAAAGACGUGGAGGUAACCACCAGGAAAGCUGGGGAGGAGAGCACUGCACCGGGUGGGAGGCUGUGCAGCCCCAGGGUGGUGGCUCAUGCUCUGCUCCUGUCCAACAGCCCCUCUGCGAGUCGCCGCUCCCCGGCUCGCUCGGACACAAGGCACCUACGGCAGAGGCGGGCUCCAGCUCUGGGCUGGCCGGGGCUGGACGAGUGGCGCACCGUGGAAGUUUUAAAAAAUAAAACAA